CCCGCUGCCGGACACCACCCGCACGUAUUGUACAAACGAACAGCCGAAGAGAAAGUUCACCGGUACAGAGUAGAUACAAACCCCCAUCAUGUUCCCCUUGGCCAUCACAGAAAUCAUGCUGCCCACGAGUAUCACGCUCAAGCCCAUGAUUACCACCAUGGAAGGUUUCAAAAGCAACAUUUUUGUGGACGUCGCAAGAAAUGUAUACACACCUAAGCCACCCACGGAGGAUGCGUUCAUCCUGCAUGAUGAAUAUGGGAGCUCGACAAGGUUGAAAAGAUCCCCCGUUAAAAAUCAAAAGGGUGGAACACUGAACGUUGAAACGCUGGUUGUGGCAGACAGGAAAAUGCUGGAGAAACACAGCAAGGAAAACAUUACCACAUACAUCUUAACCGUGAUGAACAUGGUAUCGAGCCUUUUCAAAGAUGGUACAAUUGGAAGUGACAUCAACAUUGUAAUUGUGAGCCUUCUUCUUCUGGAGCAGGAACCUGGUGGACUGGUGAUCAACCACCAUGCAGACCAGUCAUUAAACAGCUUUUGCCAGUGGCAGUCUGCUCUGGUUGGAAAAAAUGGGAAGCGUCAUGACCAUGCCAUCUUGCUUACUGGAUUUGAUAUCUGCUCCUGGAAGAAUGAACCCUGUGACACUUUAGGCUUUGCUCCAAUCAGUGGAAUGUGCAGUAAAUAUCGUAGUUGUACCAUCAAUGAAGACACUGGACUUGGUUUGGCCUUUACUAUUGCCCAUGAAUCUGGACACAAUUUUGGCAUGAUCCAUGAUGGAGAAGGGAAUCCUUGCAGGAAAGCUGAAGGUAACAUCAUGUCUCCCACCCUCACAGGAAACAACGGAGUGUUUUCAUGGUCAGUGUGCAGCCAGCAAUAUCUUAACAAAUUUCUCAGUACCGCUCAAGCAGCUUGCUUGAUAGAUGAACCCAAGCAAGCCGGACAAUACAAAUACCCUGAUAAGCUCCCAGGGCAGAUCUACGAUGCCGACACACAGUGUAAAUGGCAGUUUGGAGCAAAAGCCAAACUGUGCAACUUGAGUUUUGUAAAGGAUAUAUGUAAAUCACUGUGGUGCCAUAAAGUAGGCCAUCGAUGUGAGACAAAGUUCAUGCCAGCUGCAGAAGGGACCCCCUGUGGGAUAAGCAUGUGGUGUCGAAGAGGUCAGUGUGUAAGAUAUGGAGACCAUGGCCCCAAACCUGUCAAUGGCCAGUGGUCCACAUGGUCUGAGUGGUCUGAUUGCUCCAGGACAUGUGGGGGCGGAGUGAUGUACCAAGAGAGGCACUGCAACAAUCCAAAGCCUCAGUAUGGAGGCAAGUUCUGCCUGGGCUCCAGUCGCAUUUACCAGCUCUGCAACAUUCAGCCAUGCCUAUCAAAUGGCCCCGACUUCCGUGCCCAGCAAUGUGCGGAAUAUAACAGCAAACCUUUCCGGGGAUGGUACUACAAAUGGAAACCCUACACAAAAGUAGAAGAGGAAGACCGAUGCAAGCUUUACUGCACUGCUGAAGAUUUUGACUUUUUCUUUGCCAUGUCCAACCGAGUGAAAGACGGAACCCUCUGCUCCCCAUAUAGAGAUGAUGUGUGCAUCGAUGGAGUUUGUGAACCAGUUGGAUGUGACCAUCAACUUGGAUCCAAAGCUGUUCUGGAUUCUUGCGGAAUCUGUAAAGGAGAUAAUUCUACAUGUACGUUCUUCUCGGGCCGUUAUUUGACACAGCAUAAAACUAAUGAUUAUUACCACAUUGUGACGAUUCCAGCAGGAGCUCAUAGUAUUGAAAUCCAAGAACUUCAGAUGUCCACCAGCUACCUUGCAGUGCGGAACUUGAGCAAGAAAUAUUACCUAACAAAAGACUGGACCAUCGAUUGGCCUGGGAAAUUCUAUUUUGCUGGGACAGUGUUUGACUAUCAACGUUCUUUUAACCAUCCGGAAAGGAUCUCUGCAGCUGGACCAACAAAUGAGACACUCGUCUUUGAAGUAAAAGAUGGACAAUCACUCCAAAGAAGCAGAAGGAACUUCUCUUCAAAGCAGGAAAAGCUUCUGUUGCAAGGUAAAAACCCGGGCAUUGCCUGGCAGUACACCUUCUCAAAGGCGAUCAACGAGAACAAAAUUUCCACACAAAGACACAGCUACUCAUGGGUGACAGUGCAGUCUGAAUGUUCAGUCACGUGCGGUGGAGGGCACUUGAUAGCAAAAGCUGUAUGUUUACAAGAUCAUCGUACCCGGGUCAAUUCCUCUCUCUGUGGCCCAAGGACAAAACCUUUGAUGGAGACGAAGAUAUGCAAUGCAGAUCCUUGCCCAGCCUAUUGGUCAACAGGUGAUUGGAGUGUGUGCAGUCAAUCAUGUGGUGGAGGGCAGCAAACCCGUCCAAUCCAGUGUCUUCAGAAGAAAGCUUUUCAGAAGGAUGACAUUGUGGCGCAUGCUCUUUGCCCAGUGACGACCCCAGCACAAAUACAAGCAUGUAAUACACAGGACUGCCCACCAGAAUGGAGUCCCGGCCCAUGGUCACAGUGCUCCAAAACAUGUGGAAGAGGCAUCGUGAAACGUGACAUUGUCUGCAAAAGCGUAGGAGUUUCCACAGUGAAAAUCCUGCCCAAGGAGAUGUGCAACCGGGAAACAAAGCCAGAGACGCAACAGAUGUGCGUUUUGGGAAGGUGUCCUAAGAACGAUCGGCUCCAGUGGGUGAUUUCUGCUUGGAGCGAGUGUUCCGUCACCUGUGGCCCAGGCAUAAGGAGACGAGAAAUGCAGUGCAGCGAGAAGAGCAUCAGUGGCAAGCUGAUCACUUUCCCACAGCGACGUUGCCGAAAUCUUAAGAAACCGAACAUUGAACUGGAAGAAGUGUGCAACAAAGGAGCAUGCCCUUUACACUAUUUGUAUACCAGAAUAUCAGGGUGGUAUUCUUCACCUUGGCAGCAGUGUACUGUGACCUGUGGAGGAGGGGUGCAAACACGGAGGGUGCAGUGUCUCCGCCAGGGUCAGCCAGCCACAGGUUGUCUGCCUCAUCAAAAGCCUGCCGUGUCUCGAGCCUGCAAUACAAACUUCUGUCUUGCUCCUGAGAAAAAAGAUGAUCCCUCUUGUGUGGACUUCUUCACUUGGUGCCACUUGGUCCCCCAACAUGGUGUCUGCAAUCACAAAUUUUAUGGCAAGCAAUGCUGCAAAUCCUGCACACAGAAAAACUGAUAGAAGUGGUUUCAGUGUGAUACUUCCAUGGCGUGAGUCACUCUUUCAGGAGAUGACAAAUGUUCCGAUAGGGCCUACUUAAACCAAGCAUCACAGAAAUUGCUGAUUUAACAGACUAGGAUAUCAUAGGUCAAUAUUUUGUGAUGGUACAGAUUUAAGUGACCAAUGAGUGUAGAAGGACUGGAUGACUACCAGACCACACAGGGUAUUUUUGAACACUAGAAGAUGUAAUAAUGUUCUGCCUUUCUUCAGUUUGUCUUCUCCAGUGUCUUCUGUUGAAGGUGGGGUGAAAAAAAAAUCCCUGCUUACACCCCAUGGCCAAAGUCAGCCUCCAAAACGGAGUUACAUAUUUUUCAUGGUGCUUCUACUUUACUCAAGAGCUUACACAGAGCCUGAGAUCAAGCAGAAUGAAAGCGCUAUAGAAGAGACACAUUGGUUAUUAUGUGGCUACUAUGACCAUGCAUUGCCAUGCAUAACAUAGACAUGAUGCUAUCAACAGCAAGGACAUGAGCUGCACUAGCAAGAUAAACCAGAGGUGAAGAAUCUUUGGCCCACCAGAGGUCUUGAAGUACGAACACAUGCAGCAAUCCUUUACCAUUGGUUAUGGUAGCAAGGCCUUCUAGGAACUGAAACCAAGAACUCUGGAGGCCCUGAAGUUCCUCAUUCAGGAUAUAAAAGGUGCUUUUCUAUUCCACUUGCUGCUGGGAAAGCAAGGGUUACAUCUUGUAGGACAUAUAACUUUAUUUUCUUCCCCUUUCCGCUUUGAAUAGUAACUGAGGCAUACUUUACUAACCACUUGAGGCAGGCACUCCUUGAGUUGAUCAUCCAGUAGAACACCACAGAGAUUUUAUUUAUAGUUUUUUUUUCCUGUGUAGGAUAAGUGAACUAGAAUGUCAUACUUAAGUUAACUCAUGAAACUCACACAAUUGCUGUUAUGCCUCGUUGUCGUUAGUGCUGAAACCAAUUACUUGUCAGAAUUUUAAAAAUUUCAUGAACAUCUUGCAUAUGCUACCAUUGAGCGUGGUUUUGAAAAACAGUGCCUCUUGGACUAAUGGGGUGUCGUUUGUUGGAAAUAAAGACGUGGGGGGUUUUUUCUUCAUAAACAAA